ACUUCCAGUGAAGUUCAUGUAACUUACAAUUUCCCAUGAAGUGAACUGUUAGACCCAUAUUUCACUGAUAACCAGUGGAGGGAGGUCAGUACAGGGUGAUCUCUCUUUUUUUGUUCCAGUCAGGAAUGUCGCUGCUGCAUUUUGAACCACUUUCAGAAAAGACAGGAAGGACUGACUCACUCCCAAUUUAAAGGAGUUGCAGUAAUCGAGACAUGAGGUUAUAAAAGCAUGUAAAACUGUCUCCAGAUUGCCAAAAGAAAGAAAAGGUUUUAAGAGAGAGAUAGAAAAAGGAAGGAGUGUUAACUUAAGUCAUCUUCAGCUUCCUGAUUGAUCAGACAGACAUAUAGAGGCAGUUCUCUGACAGUUUGAUGAUUUUCUGCAUCAGGAUCAAACUCAGAAUGAAUAUCCACCAUGUUCUGUUCUUCUGCUUCUUAUCAGCACUGCAGGAUGGAAACACUGGACUCAUCAAUGCAAUAAACCUUAUUGCUGGAGCUGAAGGAGGACGUGGUUCAGUGAGUUACCACUUCACUUCAUCUGGAAGCACCAAGUUCUUCUGUAAAGGAGAAUGUAAAGAAGAAGACAUUCUCAUUAAAACAGAUGAUGUCACAGCUCAGAGUGGCAGAUACAGCAUCAAAUAUCAAGACGGAUCUUCUGGAAGAAGAAUUGUGACUGUGACCAUCACACAGCUGACCAAGUCAGACUCAGGACAGUACAGAUUUGGUUUGGGUGGAUCUUUGGUCUCAGAUUCUUAUUUUGACUUUGAGCUCACAGUUACAGAUGCAGCAACAUUGGGUCAAAACACUCAUUUCAUCCGUACAGAAACUGAGGGAGGAAAUAUGACAAGAGGAUGCUUCAAUGCUGUCUAUGGAAGCAGGAAGUUCUUCUGUAAGGAUGAAUGUAAAAAAGAAGAAGACAUCCUGGUUGAAACAGAAGAGAACAGAGCUCAGAAUGGCAGAUACAGCAUUGAAUAUACAGAAGGAUCUGUACAUGGACUGAAUGUGACCAUCACACAGCUGAAGAAGUCAGACACAGGAUGGUACUGGUGUGGUUACGGCAGAGCUUUGUCUCCAGAUUCAUCCAACACGUUCCGGAUCUUUGUUGUAGAUGCUCCAACCACUUCAAAACCAAACCGGACUCUCCGACCUUUUCCAACAUCAGUCCCAUCAGCCUCCACACCAACAACAACACAGAGUUUAAUCUCCAGUUCAGGAAGCUUCACACCUUCAUCAUCUUUCCCUGAAACCACAGAGCAGUUUACAGCCGUCUCUGAGGUCUCUCGCCCAGGUUACUUCUUGCCUCCAGUUGUAUGUGUGGCUGUGAUUGUUGUGCUGUUGGCUGUUGUUCUGCUGCUCCUCUACAAAUUGAAGAAGAGGAGGAACUCUGGUUUGAACACCAGAGGAACCUCAGACAGCAGAAACAUGGAGUAUUGUGUCACCUAUGAGAACCGUCCUCCAGUCUCCAAGUAUGGAGACAACAUCUGCCAGAGCCUGGAUGCAGCCGACAGGGAUCUGGACCAAACCUACUCUGCACUCACAGCAAACACAUGACGAUGUUUGGAUUUGGAUCUGGAUUCUGUACUGUGCAGGUUAACAUGUGCUGCAAGGUUCCAGUUUGUUCCACUUUCUUUCUUUUCUUUUUUUUAAUCGGCAGAUAUUAACUAUAAACAUGCUAUUUUUCACCUCUAUGCUGAUGAUACACAACUGAUCAUGUUUCUGAGAUGUUCAACAACUUCUCACUUGCUUAUUCUGAAAUGUUCAUUGUCUUCAUAAAUGUAGAUGUUGUUUGAUAUUGUUCUUUUACACUUUGAGCCAACUCGGUCUCCUAGAAAUUACAUUCAUAUUCAACUCAAUUGUAACAGCAAAUAUGUUUUAUUAGAAACGUAAUG